AUGGCUCUGGAGUUAGAGUGUAGCGACCUGAAGAGUCGACAAGCAAGUCAUGGGUUUGUUAAUGAUGAAGCUUAUGCGGAGGCGGUAGUUGAGCGGAUUUUUUGUGACACGAAGUAUGAUCUUUUGUCUGUAUUUCCAUUUUCGAUGGGGUCAUUGACAAAUGAUUAUGCGGAAGUGAUAGAUACUAUUGGGACGAAGUCGCUGGCGUUCCAGAUUUUGGUUGAAAGCGGUGGCGAUCUGUUCGCAUUUUUUAUUACAUCUUUCGCUCUUCAUUUGGAACGUUCUCCAUGUAGACUGCCAUUCAGGAUCGUGCAGAACAGUGUCUAUAUGAGUCUUCUGUCUGAGUAUGUGUGUUAUAUGAUGCCAACAGGUGAGGAGCCUAUAAUUCCAGCCCACGAAAGGUCGUCUAUCGUGAAUACACCAUCCAAUUCGUCUUUUGUGUCCCCUUUGAAACUUAUCCGUGAGGACGCGCUAAGACGUUUUGAGAUUUCAUCAGCAACACAUUCGCUUCGGUCGUUACAUUCUUAUUCUCGCCUUUUAAAUGCUCAGUUUUUUUCUUUUAUCCAUAUCUUAGUACAAAAUCUUACCUCACUGUCCAGUUGGCCCUCUGAUUAUCGACUUGGGGCUCUUAGAUAUGUCUUGAAGGAAUUGCAUGUUUUCGUUCUAGCAGAAACGGAAAAUGCCGUUCUAGCACAACUGAAGUCCCAGUUGCAUUAUAAUCCGCCAUUCGGAGACUGUCUUUUUUCAUUUUUUUCUUCUCUUUUCAAAAAAUGGCCAGCCAAUGUUUCGUUCUCGGUUCUUUUUGAUGUUUGGGUCACGUGGAUUCGACCAUGGCGCUAUUUUGAUACUCGUGGUACUAACGAUGUCCAACGAGUGAUGCAGUUCCUACAAGCAAAUACUCGGUUUUACACUGAACUGUCGGACAUGUUUUGGCAAAGAACUUUUCAUUUUUCAAACGUUCGUGACGUGCAGAGUGUUCAGAGCUAUAUAUUAGUGUUGACUGCUCCAGAAUUAAUUAGUGUAAUUCCAGAUGACAGUACUGUUGCGCUAAAAAACGCUAUAAGCGAGCUAGAAGUGCUAGUAGCAAAAGUAAAAGGCGCUAGUUGCGAUGAAACACCAGCAGUUUUUUCUCCUGCUUUGAAUAGCGAUUUAAAUGCAUCUCGAUCUUUCGUUGAGGACAGAGUUGUCAAGAAGAAUGGACUUGAACUUCCCGACCACAUGGUUGAUCCUAUUUCAAAAAUGAUGUACUUGACUCCUCUGGGUAGACAACAGUUGGGUAAAGGAACUCAUCGAUUUGACUUAUCUCAUUGCUCAGAUGCUACCCCUCCUUUGAUAUCACCUCUUCAAACAAAUGAAGUUUGGUGGUUGUCACGACUGCUAUACAAAUUGUCAAUAGCACUAAAUCGUACCAAACCUUUGCAGUAUCUCUCAGAAUGUUAUGGAAAGGAAGACAGUUUGAUAGGAACAGUCGCACGCAUUAUCCUGGAUCCAGAAUAUCCAAGAAAAGUUGUUCCGAUGUUUACCACUCAAGUACCCUUCCAGAAACCAUGUCUUAAUCUCAGAUAUCUAGCUCAGUAUAAAUUUGUUAUUCCUUUUUGUAUAUCUGUGCUUCUCCAUUUGUUUAUUCCGUUAAGUUAUAACUUUGUAAUAUCAGGGACUAUUUUUGCUUUUGCGUAUUUUUGCUACAGUUAA